AUGCUACAUAACUUAAGUUUAAGUUCAAAUGCGUCAAUGAUAAGAUAUAGUUUGGCUUACAAAGAUUUCAAUCCAAGUGAAAAAUAUCCUGAAGAAGAAAAAGAUUCUAAUUUCAUUUUGUCAAAGAAGUAUUGGCAAUACAAAGUUGACUGUUAUAACAAACAAGAUCUAAAAGCAAAAAGAGAUAUUAAGAAUAAUGUUACAAUUGAUGAUUUAGAUUAUUACAGAGAUUUGAUUUUGAAAUCGAAAUGUGCAUUAUGUGGUAAAGCAUUCACAUAUGACAACAAACCAACAUUAGAUAGAAUUGAUAAUGAUUUAGGUCAUACAAAAGAGAAUUGUCAAUUAAUGUGUUGCUAUUGCAAUGUCGUUAAAUCAAACAAAGAUGAAGAAAUAGUAAGAUUAAGAGUUAAUUUGAGAAACUUUGCAAUCAAAUACAAUUUGCCAAUGACAUUAGAUUCAUUUGAAGCAUACCACAUCUUAAGAAAUGGUAUCACAGGUGGUUUAUCUAAUGUUCAACAUCGUAUUAAUAUGAAGAAUGUUACACAUAUUAACAAAUUAACUUAUGACAAUGGUAAAGUUUCAAAUCAUGACACAGAUAAUGUUAUGACUCAUUUUGUUGGUGUUGAUUUCAAUUCUUUAUAUCCUUCAUGUUUCUCAUCUAAUCCUCAUCCAUUUAUCAAAUACACUGACCAUCGAAUGUAUAUGCCAGGAAGAUUAACUAAUGUUUUAAUUUGUGAAUCAACAGCUCAGAAAGCAAUGGCAUUAGGAAUAAUUAAGAAGAAACAAGAAUUGUUUGUUACAGAAGUUAAAGGUCACAUCGAUGAGAAAUACAUUAAUGAUUACAUUAAUUUCUUACCAAUUAUUAGAAACUUAGACAUUGUAACAAAUGAAGAAACAAUUGGUUCAUUCAUGUACAAUUACAUGAAAACAAAUAAUAUUCUAGUUGAUCAGAAACAGAGAAAGUUAACACAAUUAGCAUCUACUCAUGGUGAAUAUAUGUCAUUUUCAAGUUAUUACUUAUGGUACCUCAUUGACAGAUUUCAUUUCAUAAUUGACGAUGUUAAAUCUAUUUUGACAUUUGCUAAGAACACUUGCUUCCAUGAUUUUGCAAAUGAAUUCAUGAGAGUCAGACAAGAAGCAGAGUUGAAUGGAAACAAAGGUAAAAGUUUGUUUUGCAAGAUCUCUUUGAAUGGAUCUUAUGGUUAUGAUGCAAUGAAUACUCAAAAUUAUACAAAAUCAAAGAUUAUGGAAGAAGACAAAGCAAGAAUGGCAUGCAUGAGUCAAAUGUUUAAGAAUAUCAGAGAGAUUGGUGAUAAUGUUUAUCAAGUUAUGAUGAAAGAUAAAUAUUAUCGUUGUGAUACAUGUUUGCAAGAAGCAUUCUUUACAUUAGAUAAUGCUAAAUAUUGGUAUUUAGUUUUCAUUUAUGACUUCAUGUAUAAAUGCAUGGAUACAAAUAAGUUUCAUUUCAUUGAAGGAGAUACUGAUUCAAGUUAUUGGGCAAUUGCUGGUGAUCCUAAUUUACCAAACACUCAAGCAUUUCAAGCAAUCAUCAUUGACAAAAACUUUUAUGAUAAGAACAUUUACAAAUUUGCUCCAUAUGAUUUCUUCUGUUUUGAUCAAAAAUAUAAACCGAAACUCAAAAAUAAGAUGGAAGAAAAACAACAUGAGAAGAAGUUAUUAGGUUUAGCAAUUGAGAAACAAGGAGAUAACAUGAUUGCAUUAUGUCCUAAAUGUUAUACUUCAUUCAAUGGACAUUUGAAAGAAACUGAUUUCAAGAAGAUUGCAAUGAAAAUGAAAGGAGUCUCAUUGAAACAGAAUGAACAUUUAACUCCCGAAAAUUAUUACCAAAUAUUAAAAGAUGGAGUUUCAUUUGAUGGCAAAAAUAUAACAUUGCAAUUAAAGAAUGGAAGAUGUCAAGAUUGUCAAUUGCUAAAACUGCAUUAA